AACCUACACUAUCAAAUAAAAUUUAGUUACGACUUAAAAUUGUUGAUCAUCCUUGGACAUGGCAGCCGGACAUGGAAGCUCCACCAGUUGGGUAGAUGGAAGCGACCAAGUGCUCGAUGAAAUGUCUGCGAGACACUGAACCGGACAGAUAUCGUUUCACUUUGUGAAGUUUACAUAAUCCGAUACGAAGAUUUUCGAAUUUCACAAUUUGGUUUAAAUUCGGGCUAAUGAAUUGCACGUUUCUGUCCAUCAGCUCGUAUCCCGUCAUCCCCUUGAAAAGGAAUUUGUCAAGAAUCUCCCGCGUCGCUUGGUUGGCUAAAUCCAACGCAGGCACGACUCGGCGUAAAAAGUUACCCAAGAACCUUCGCUAUCCGCGACGAUCCAAGCUUCCUCCAGACUUGGGCGUUAAUUUGUUCUUGAAGAAGCCUGGUGUUAGCGCCGACCCAUCUAAAAAGGACUCGUCAAUUCAUGGCGACACCUAUGAUUCAACUGAAGAGGAAGAAGAUGAAGAGCAAGAACAAGAACACGAAGGCGGUGACAUUGUAUGGGAGCCGGAUGAGAUUGAAGCAAUAUCAUCUCUUUUUCAGGGGAGAAUUCCACAGAAACCUGGGAAGUUGAAUAGGGAGAGGCCUCUGCCUCUGCCUCUUCCUUACAAGCUACGUCCGUUGGGACUCCCUACGCCGAAAAAACGUAUUAAACCGGCUUCCGAGAUGGUUUCUUCGUCACGGGCAGGCGUAUCGAAGUUAGUCUACAAGAACCCGAGUUUUCUGAUUGGUUUGGCUAGAGAGAUCAAGGGCCUUGCUUCAGAUGAAGAGGUGUGUUUGGUUCUCAACAAGUGGGGUCGAUUUUUGCGUAAAGGUUCUCUGUCUUUGACAAUUCGAGAGUUGGGUCACAUGGGUCUUCCAGAGCGAGCUCUGCAGACACUCUGUUGGGCUCAGAAGCAGCCUCAUCUUUUCCCGGAUGAUCGCAUUUUGGCUUCCACUGUCGAGGUCUUAGCAAGGCACCAUGACUUGAAAAUGCCGUUCAACUUGGAGAAGUUCGUUAGCUUGGCAAGGAAGGGCGUAAUGGAAGCUAUGGUGAAAGGUUUUAUCAGAGGCGGAAGCUUAAAUCUUGCCUGGAAGCUUCUCGUGAUCGCCAGGGAUGGGAAAAGAAUGCUGGAUCCAUGCAUUUAUGCUAAAUUAAUAUGGGAGCUUGGCAAGAAUCCGGAUAAAUAUAUGCUUGUGGAGAGCUUAUUGGAUGAGCUUGGGGAAAGAGAAGAUUUGAAUUUGACUCAGCAGGACUGCACUGCUAUUAUGAAAGUUUGCACUAGGAUUCGGAAAUUUGACAUCGUGGAAAGUCUGUUUGAUUGGUUCAAACAUUCUGGGAAGGAACCGAGUGUUGUCAUGUACACUACACUGAUUCAUAGUUGCUACUUACAGAAGAAAUACAGGGAAGCAUUGGCUAUAGUAUGGGAAAUGGAGGCCUCCCACUGUCUC